AUGCUUACAAGGAGACCCCAAAGGAGAGUUCGUCCACCACCUCAGCCCAUAUUUGAUGACUUCAAGCCACGAGAAGAAUGGAUCCAAGAACCCUCCAACUACAUCCUCCGUUUAUAUCUUCCCCAAGUAUUCAAAACAGAGGACUUUAAUGUCAUAUAUGACCAGAGCGGAAAGAUAACGGUCCGAGGAACAAAGCAGGUGGGUGAGAACAGAUUUUCUAGGUUUGAGUCCUCCUACAACGUUCCAAUAGAUUCAAACCUUGAAAAGAUUAGUGGAGUAUUAGAGAACAACAUCCUUGCCUUAACCAUUCCAAAGAUCAUCGCUGUUAAGCCUUCUGAAGAGAAGAAAGAAGAACCAGUAUUAGAGGAGAAGGCAAAAAUAGUUACAGAGGAGAGGAAAGAAGAAGAAAAACUAUCAUUACCAAAGGAGAAACCAGUGGUAAUGAGCGAAGCAAUGCAGCGCAUUGAUGAAAAGAUAAAAGAAGCAGCAAUGCAGAAGAAGCCAAACAGAUUGGAAGAAAAGAAAGAAGAACAGGAGAAACCAGUGCUGGCUGAGGAGGAGAGGAAAGAAGAAGCAGUGAUCAAAGAUAAAAUCGAAGCAAUGCAGCACAUUGAUGAGAAGAUAACAGAACCAGCAAUGCAGAAGAAGCCAAACGCAAUGGAAGAAAAGAAAGAAGAAUCUGCAUUAAAGGAAAAAUCAAAGAUGUUUGCAGAGGAAAGCAAACAAGAAGAACCUCUGAAAGAGAUUAAGGAAAAACCAGUAGUACCAAAGGAGAAACCAAUGACAGCCGAGGAGGAGAGGAAAGAAUCAACAGUGCUUAAAGAGAUGAAAGAAGAGCCAAUGAAGACAGAAAUGGCCAUGCAAGAGCCAAUCUGGGAAAAAAGAAAAGAUGAAGCAGACCCUAAUGAAAUAAAGAAGCAAGAACACAUAGUACAGAAGGAGAAACAGGACACUGAAGAGAAGCAUGAAACAAUUCAGAAAGAUAAGCAUAAGUGUUUUGAUGGAGAUAAGAGAGAAGACUCUGGCAAAAAGGAAGAGACUUGGGAAGAUGCUGUGACUAGGAAACCAAGAUAUUGCCAUGAGACGAGAGUGCGAGAGAAGCAACCGAAGGAGAAAGAAAGCAAAAAGAGAAGUUGGCGUUGGAAUGAGGAAGACAAAGGUUGGCUAGAUUGGUUGGAUGGCGCAUUCAUAGAUGAUGUGUUAAAGAAAGUCUACAGAAAUAAAAAGUUCAUUACUUUGGCUCUGGUGGUGUUCUCCACAGGCUUUUUUAUCUCGCGGAAGUUGAGAAAAAGAGGAUGA